CUGCUCCGUGUCCUCAGCCUCCUCAGCUCAGAUUACUGGAAUAUUCCGACAUUCACACACACACACACACACACACACACACACACACACACUUUGAUUCAGAACAUUGAUGAUAAAGCGUUCACUCUGAUUGAUCAGACUCAGUGAAGUGUGUGUGUGUGUGUUUGGACAGUUGUGGACAGUUUGUCAGUGAUGACAGGGACAGACGAGCUGGACAGUGGAUUUCCUGACAUCAUGAUGUGUGUGAGUGAACACGUAAAGUGGCUUCAGACCAGAUAACAUUUCAAAUUCAACACAACACACACUGAGACAGAGCGAGUUGUGAUCUCGUGUGGAAAAACGUCAGAUGGCGGAGGAACAUGAACUCUCCAGGGCGUCAGAAUUCAUCAAAGACCGACUGUACUUUGCCACGCUUCGUGUCAAACCGAAGAACACGGCAAACACACACUACUUCAGCACAGACGAGGAGUUCAACUACGAGAGUUUCUACUCUGACUUUGGUCCCCUCAACCUGGCCAUGCUGUACAGAUACUGCUGCAGACUCAACAAGAAGCUCAAGUCCUUCACCACGUCCAGGAAGGCGCUGGUCCACUUCACCAGUUAUGACCAGAAGAAAAGAGCCAAUGCUGCCGUCCUCAUUGGAGCCUUUGCUGUCAUCUAUUUGAGAAGAAGUCCAGAGGAGGCGUACGAGACUCUUCUCUCAGGAAGCCAAACAGGCUACCUGUCGUUCAGGGACGCAGCGGUGGGAGAAUGUUCCUUUAAUCUCUCCGUGCUCGACUGCCUACAAGCCAUUCGCAAGGCGUCGCAGUACGGUUUCCUGGACUUUGAGAGCUUUAACGUUGACGAAUAUGAACAUUAUGAGCGUGUAGAAAACGGGGACAUGAACUGGAUCGUUCCGGGGAAGUUGUUGGCGUUCAGCAGUCCUCACCCUCGCAGUAAGAUAGAGAACGGUUACCCUCUCCACGCGCCUGAGGCCUACUUCCCAUACUUUCGCCAAAACGGCGUCAAGGCCGUGGUCCGCCUAAACAGGAAGUUGUACGACGGCAGGCGGUUCGAGAACGCCGGGUUUGACCACCACGACCUCUUCUUCCUGGACGGGACGACGCCCACCGACCUCAUCACCAGACGCUUCCUGCACGUGUGUGAGAGUACAGAAGGAGGCGUGGCUGUGCACUGUAAAGCCGGCCUGGGCCGCACAGGCACUCUCAUCGGCUGCUACUUGAUGAAGCACUUCCGCUUCACUGCGGCUGAAGCCAUCGCCUGGAUCAGAAUCUGUAGACCCGGAUCCAUCAUUGGUCCACAACAGAACUUCUUAGAGGAGAAACAGCACAGUAUGUGGGUCCAGGGUGACGUCCAUCGCUCCAAACAGAAGCUUGUUCAGCAGAGACUGAGUCGACGGCAGCAGCUUCAGCAGCAGCGUCAACAUCAGCAUCAGCAGCAGAUUUGCGGCCCUGACUCUGACGAAGGCAAACAGGACGCCAUGUCCCGCCUCUUCUCAAGCAUGGGCGACCUGUCACUCAACACCACGCUCCACAAAUCCUACAGCAUGGACGAGAAUAACUGUAAAGACAGCAGUCUGACUCAGGGAGACAAACUGAGAGCACUGAAAGGACAGAGAUCACAGUCACCGUCUUCAAGGUUAAACCUUUCAAAGUCCUCUCACUGCUCCAUCCUUCCACCGGCUAAGACUACGAAAGUCCCGCUCUCCUUCUCAUCCUCCUCUUCCUCCUCUUCAUCUAAGAAGCUUGUGCGAAGCUCCUCCUCCUCCAUCCCUUACAUCAAGAGUCCUUUCAGCCUCAGUCUGUUCAGUUCCAGACCUGCUGUCAUUCACUGAGUGAAGUGAAAACAGGCGUCCGGCAACAUCGCGUCAGUGAAACAAAAGCAUGUGACUCUGAACUGCAGCUGCAUCUUUCAUUUAAAGCUUAAUUUACUUAACCUUUCUGAGCAAAAACAGCUAAUUAUUUAAGUAUGAACACUUUGUGUACAAAUGUAAUUUAUCAAAUCAAGAAACUUGGGAUCAAGUGGUAAUAAAAACUUAAUAAAACCAAUGUGCUUGGUUACCACAA